AUAACAUAUAUACUCUUAUAUACAAACACAAAUCGAAACUCAUGCAGUCUAACACAGCCCAACUUUUGAUUUGACCAUGGCCUCAGAAAAUGAAACUGUAGAACCUCCUGGUGACGAAUUCAAGACAUUAGACGAAGGCAAUGAACCUGGUGGCAGAAGAGAUGGAUUUCUGGUUGCUUCAGAUUCAUUUGAAGACUUUGCUCGUCUCGAAGAAGCGAAAUCAAGUAUCAAAGAUCGACAUCCAAGUGGCACUAUCAAUAAAAUUGUGAGGGAGGGGUCUUGUGAAGAUCCACCAGAUAAACAGGAUGAGAUUGAAAGUGUAUCAUCAGGCAUUGCCUCUAUGGCAACAGAGGAACAGAACGAUAGUGCCUUCUCUGAUAACGGAAAUGUAGCUGAACAAGUAGCCCCUACUCUUAGUGCCAGUAUUCACGAGGAGGAAGAGUUGGAUGAAGUACACAAACCAGAAUGGAAGGGACAGAAAAAGCAUGUGUUUAUUCUUAGUGAAGCAGGGAAACCAAUAUAUUCAAGGUAUGGGGCCGAAGACAAACUAGUUACAAUAAUGGGAGUUAUGCAAGCCUUAGUGUCAUUUGUGCAGGACAGUAAAGACUCUAUGCGAUGUAUUAUAUCUGGAAAACAUAAGUUUGUUUUCCUAACUCGUGAUCAUUUGUUACUAGUGGCAGUUUCGUGUACUAGUUCAUCCACACCUCAACUGCUCCUACAGCUCAACUAUGUCUACAACCAAGUGCUUAGCGUACUCACCUAUAGUCACAUAAACAAAAUUUUUAAACAGAGACAUAAUUAUGACUUGAGGAGACUUUUAACAGGCGCUGAAAAGUUUUUUGAUAGUUUGUUGAAUUUGAUGGAUCAUGAACCAGGGUUUUUACUUAGUGCAGUUCGAUGUUUACCGCUACCAAGUGCAGUAAGAGAUGUAGUCGCUCAGAGCAUAGUGCAACACGCAAAAGUCAAGGACUUGGUAUUUGCAAUCCUUAUAGCGAACAACCAACUUAUAACUCUAGUUAGAAUGAAGAAAUAUUUCCUCCAUCCCGCUGAUCUUCAUCUCAUCUUCAAUCUGGUCUCAGCCUCCGAAUCUUUCAAAACUGCAGAGUCUUGGACUCCAAUAUGUCUACCAAAGUUUGAUUCAGGUGGUUACCUCCAUGCUCAUGUUUCUUACCUGGAUGAUAAUUGUGCCGCCUGCCUGUUACUGCUGACUGUUGAUAGAGACAUGUUUUUCACACUUUCUGAGUGUAAAUCCAAAAUUGUAGAGAGGUUGCAUCGCUACAACUGUAUAGAAGCAAUAAGAGAAGCCCUCACCAAGUACACAUAUAGCAUAUCCCAAGUUGGGAUCCCUGACCUCAGACAUUUCAUGUAUAAAUCAAGGAGUACGGCUCAAUUUACCAGUCCUGAGCUAGAGUCACCGUACCAUACAGCAAGUGAACAGGAGAGAAUAUUUGGACUCUAUCAGUACCUUCAUCAUAGAAUGCACAGCACAUCGAGGCCCCUAAAGAUACUAUUUCAUGUAGGAUCAUAUGAGACACUGCUAGGCUGGGUGACAUCAGGAUUUGAAUUGUACGCAGUAUUUGGCCCUCUGGUGACCAAACCAACAGCCAUCAAUUCUAUUAACAAAUUACUAAAGUGGAUCAAGAAGGAAGAGGAUCGAUUAUUUAUCCUGAAUUCGCCAACAUUUUGAAAAUAGCAAUAUUUUAGGUGAUACAAAUGGUGUACAUAUAAUAAUGAAAGAUAUAUUGAAACACAACACAGCACAGUAUUUGUGGUUCUCUAAUAUUGAGCAUGUAUCACUGUUCCACAACUAGUUACUU